AUGGAAGCUGGACCGUGCUGCAGCUUGUGGAAGCCCUGGGGUCUUGCCUGGAGAACACAGAUCCUCGGACACGAGGACGAGGCAUCCAGCUGCUGUCACAAGUCCUGCUCCAGUGUUACUCCUUGCUCCAGGAGAAGGAAGAGCAUGUGUGAGGUGCUGUCCCCUGGACUAGCGGUAUCUGUGCUCAAAGCCAUCUUUCAGGAGGUACAUGUGCAGUCCCUGCUGCAGGUGGACCGCCACACAGUCUACAGCAUCAUCACCAACUUCAUGGGUACCAGGGAGGAAGAGCUGAAGGGCCUGGGCGCCGACUUCACCUUUGGCUUCAUCCAGGUGAUGGAUGGGGAGAAGGAUCCCCGCAACCUGCUGGUGGCCUUCCAGAUCGUGCGUGACCUCAUUGCCAAGAGCUACGCCCUGGGUCCCUUUGUCGAGGAGCUGUUUGAAGUGACAUCCUGCUACUUCCCCAUUGAUUUUACUCCACCCCCCAAUGACCCUCACGGCAUCCAGAGAGAAGAUCUGAUCCUGAGCCUCCGGUCUGUACUGGCCUCCACCCCUCAGUUCGCUGAGUUCCUGCUCCCUCUGCUUAUUGAGAAGAUGGACUCAGACCUGCAAAGUGCCAAGCUUGACUCCCUGCAGACUCUGACCGCCUGCUGUGCUGUCUACGGACAGAAGGAGCUCCAGGAAUUCCUCCCCAGCCUCUGGUCAUCCCUGCGCAGGGAAGUGUUCCAGACAGCGAGUGAGAAGGUUGAGGCAGAGUGCCUGACUGCACUGCAUGCCCUCUCUGCCUGCCUGUCCUGCUCUGUGCUCAGCUCUGACACUGAGGACCUGCUGGACUCCUUCCUCAGCAGCAUCCUGCAAGAUUGCAGGCAUCAUCUUUGCGAGCCCGACAUGAAGCUGGUGUGGCCAAGUGCCAAACUCUUGCAGGCAGCAGCGAGGGCCUCCCUCCGCGCCUACCACCACGUCACCCACAGCGUCCUGCCUCUGCUACUGGAGCAGUACACCAGGCACUCGCAGAGCAGCCAGAGAAGGACAAUCUUGGAAAUGCUGCUGGGCUUCCUGGAGUUGCAGCAGAAGUGGGGACAUGUGGAAGAAGAUGAGAGUACUCUGCUGUCUCUCCGAGCCUCCAUUUGCUCUGUGGUGUUCUCAGCGCUGACGGAUCCCAACGUGCAGCUGCAGCUGGUCGGGAUCAGGGCACUAACUGUCCUGGGCUCCCUGCAAGGCUUCCUGUCUCCUUCUGACCUGGAGCUGGUUGUGGAUCACCUCAUCCGUCUUGCUCUGCAUGAGAAGGAUUUCCAGAGCAGUGAAGCAGCGAUGGAGGCAGCGGGAUCUCUGGCCCCCCUAUACCCAAAGGUUUUCUCUGGACACAUGGUGCCCAGGCUUGAGGAGGAGCUCCAGUCAGAGCGGGAGGAGGACAGCUCCCAUGACCACUGCUCGCUGCAGCAGCUGGCAGCUGUGUCAACCCACACCAGCAUUGUGAGGGAAACCGUCCCAGUCCUGCUGCAGCAUCUCCGGAAGGUGCAGAAAG